AUGGGAAAAUACGAGUAUGCAUCCAUGGUCCCUGACCACACAAAUCAACUUGAAGAGGCUAAACUUUGGUUCUAUCAAUCAGGAAAUCACGUCGAAAAGGCACUAAAAGGAAAGUCGAAUGGAGGCAGUGUGGCUCGGAAGCCAAACGAAAGAGGGGGCAAUGCUAUGUAUCGACCAUCAUUCGUGGAAAUGGAAUUUUCAAUUUCGUCUACAAUGACUCGAAUGAUAAGCCCAGGGUUGACAAAGAAGCUAUACUACGAACGAAUCCCAAUUCGGGCCACUCCGAAAGAUGGCAAGGAGCAUCAUAUCUGUUUAAAUGAAACGAAGAAGUGA